UAAUUUUACGGUCUGUACACACGUUAUUAAAAUGUAAUGUAGUCAUGCAGAUGGAGUUUACGGGCAACAGUCAGCUGAAUGGAUUCACUCGAGCCACUCCCACCCCCAGCCAGGCAGCCUCUCAGGGGAGGAGAGGAGCGUGAAGCACCACACCGCCUGGACCAAUCGCCGCGCGGCACUGCCCCUCCAUCACGUCUUAGUUUCCAAGGCAACAGGCUGGGCCGUUCUCCUGAAAGGCGCCGCAUCAUCGCCGACCGUCCACCCGGGGCUGCCGUAGAACCAGCAGGCACGCAGCCGGUCCUGUCAGGCACCUCCCUCUCUCUCCCCUCACGCUGCACCGUCGUCUCCGUCAACACUCAGGAAGCACACGGGUGGAGUAAGAAGUCGACUAUGGUAGCUGAUUGAGAAAGGCCCCGUUGACCACUGGACCUAGCUGUUAUUCACCAUGAACGUGGCUGUCUCCCCCAUGGCCAGCGAGGCCUACUCACCCAUGAUCACCUCCGUUACACCCACCCUGGAGGCGAGCAUUAAGGACGAGGAGGCCGGCCCCAGCCAGGGGGAUCUUUGUGGCGAGGUGCUUGUCCAGGAUAGGGACUCUAGCCAGAGGUAUCAGAACCAAAAGCCCCCUCCCCUGCACACUGGGGCGGACUGGAAGGUGGUGCUGCAUCUCCCGGAGAUUGAGACGUGGCUGAGGGCUACUGCCCAGAGGGUCCGGGACCUCACCCACUCUGUCCAGCAGGACUCCCUUAACAGACAUGUGGACGUGCAUCUGGUGCAACUCAAGGACAUUUGCGAGGACAUCUCAGACCAUGUAGAACAGAUCCACGCACUGCUGGAGACGGAGUUCUCCCUGAAGCUCCUGUCCUACUCUGUGAACAUCAUCGUGGACAUCCACGGCGUUCAGCUUCUCUGGCACCAGCUCCGCGUGUCUGUCCUGGUACUGAAGGAGAGGCUUUUACAGGGCCUCCAGGACUCCAACGGAAACUAUACCCGACAGACUGACAUCCUGCAGGCCUUCUCUCAGGACCACGACCAGGCUCGCCUGAACGCUCUGACAGAGGUGGACGACUGUGGCCAGUUGACCAUUAAGUGCAGCCAGGACUAUUUCUCCCUGGACUGCGGCAUCACAGCCUUUGAGCUCAGCGACUACAGUCCCAGUGAGGACCAGGAGGGGCCUCGGGCACCAGACCAGCAGGGGACCUGGACACCAGACCAGGAGGGGACCCGGGCACCAGACCAGGAGGGGACCCGGGCACCAGACCAGGGGCCCCGCUGCAGCUACCCUGAGCUGGAGAGAGACUUCCCUGAGCUCAUCCAGAGCGUGGACCUGCUGACCAUCGCGGCCAAGCAGAACCAGACUCAGGGCGUUGUCCUGGAGCGUGAGGAGGAGGUACCGGGCACAGCCGUGGACAGACUGAAACAAGAUCCUACCGGCGCAGGCGAGGACCACAGCCCAGAGACACCACCCAGGAUGCACUGCGGCACACCGCAGAACGAGAGCCCUUCGCUCAGCAAGCGCCCCCUGCAGGGCAGCGCUAGCGACAAGGCAUCCCCCACGCAGCCCUGCCUACCGAAGAAGCCCAUGUACCUGGAGGGAGAGAAUGAGGCCAGCCUGAGAAGAUCUACCUUGCCUCCCUCUCUUCAGUUCCAGGCAGACCUGAGCAGAAGUACCCCCUCCCUCCUGGACCUUCCGGACCGCUCCAAGUUUUGGCUGGAGCUUGAUGACGUGUACCCAAGCAACGGCAGCCAGUCCUACGACAGCCUUCACGCCAUGAACGACAGGAACCUGCAGGCUAGCAGAGAGAGCCAUGUCGGGGGAUACCAGAGACAGCGGGUUCCUGAUGGAGCUGCCAUCCCCCUGCAGAGAUGCUUCUCAGAGGCAGGAGGCCAAUUCCCCCAAGACGUCUCCCCCACACCCUUCUCAGGCAGUGGGGGAUGCAACAGACACCCGGAUGAUUCACAGACCCACAGAGACACCAAUGUCCCCCGACCUUCUACUACGAAGGAGCCUUCAGACCAAGAGUCCAACGACGAAUCUGCCGUCUGGGACUCCCGUCCUUCCAGUGAGGCAGCUACCUGGCUCUUCCUGGGGCCCCAGUUCCCCCAGGCGGCCCCAGCUUCGGCCGGGUCCAGCCCUAACCCCAGCGAGGAGCGAUGGUUGGGAUCAGAUGAGUUCCUGGCGCUGCCCGCCCAGCUGAAAAAGACAGAGAUGCUAGCCUUGAAACUCGAGACGCUGGCCAAAGAGCUGCCCGAGAGGUCCAGCCGACAGGGCCGUCACCUGUCCAUCCAGGAUGUGGACGACUGGGAGCUGACCGAGGUCAACUCCGACUGGGAGGGUGAAGGUCUGGGCAGCCCCCACCUGCCUCUGGACCUCCAACGCCCCUACAAGAGGCCCUUCCGGGUGGGGAUGGGACGUUUCUCGCCCACCUCGUCCAGCGACAUAGCACCUUCCCUGGAUGAGAGCAUUGAGUCAGGCCCCCUCAGUGACCUGCUGUCGGAGGACGAGGCUUGGAGCUCCGGGGAGAGCAGGAUGAGAGAGAACAACAGGGGCUGGAGCUCCGGGGAGACCAGAGGGAGCUCUACUGGAUCCAGGAGGAGAACCAUCGACAGGUCGCCCCCCCUGCCGGCCAACGGCAGCACCACGGACCCCCACAGAGACAUGCAGUGUCAGACCUUCAUCCAGCAGCUACUGGAUGACAUCCAGCUCCAUGACAAUCACCCAGACAUAUGGGGCAAGAUAGAGGGUUUUGUGAGUAAACUAGAUGAGUUUAUCUGCUGGCUGAGGGAAGCCCUUGAGACCACAGAGAACUGGAUGCCACCCAAAGCUGAAAUGGACAGCCUCAGGCUCUACCUGGAGACACAUCUGAGCUUCAAGCUGAACGUGGAGAGCCACAGCUCCCUGAAAGACUGCGUACUUGAGGAAGGCAGGCAGCUGCUCCAAGUCAUCAUCUCCCACAAAUCAGGCCUGAGGGACAUGCUCCAGAUGAUCCUUCACCAGUGGCAGGAGCUCCAGAGGCAGAUCCGCCGCCAGCACAGCUGGAUGCUGCGCUCCCUGGACGCCAUCAAAGCCAACAUCCUGGCCACUGAGGCCAGGGCCUCUCUGGAGGCAGGGACCACGGCUCCACUGACCAGCCCCAAGGUGGAGUUGCUGCAGAGCCACCGGGAGGCCCAGAAGGAUGCCUUGGCCCAGCUGAGCCUCAAGCUGAAGAGCCAGAGGUACUGCACUGGCACCAACACCAGGACCGGGAAAGAAUACGCACAGAUGUCCAAGAACAACAGUCUGCAAGAGUUUGAGUCUGACUUCCAGGAGCUCUGGGAUUGGCUGAUGGACAUGGAGUCAGUGGUGACAGACAGCCACGAGCUGAUGAUGUCAGAGGAGCAGCAGAAGCAUCUCUUCAAAGGUAACAGUGUGGAGAUGGCCAUGUGGCUGCCUAAGAAGACCCACCUCCUGGGCUGGGCCGAGUGUUUGCAGAGGAGCGGGGCCCGACUGCCGGCGGACUUUGGCGAGCGGCUGGACAACAUGACGCGCAAGUGGCACCAGCUACAGGAGAUCCUGGGGGAGUCUUUGGGCAGCGGUAACAGUCCGUCCCAGGACCCCCGCUCCGCCCUGUCUCCUCACACCAGCAGCCUGCUGAGCCAGCUGGAGACCAGGAUCAAGGACCUGAAGGUGUGGCUGAGAGACACAGAGCUGUUCAUCUUCAACACCUGUCUGAGGCAGGACACCGAGCAGGACCUGCAGGCCGCCACCCAGCUCCAGCACUUCAAGUCCCUGUGUCAGGAGGUGCGUGGGAGGCGUAGGGGCGUGUCCUCUGUGCUGAGGCUCUGCCAGCGGCUGCGGGAGGAGCAGGAGCGUCAGGGCGGCCCGGACUCGGAGUGUCAGGCGCUGCAGCUGGUCACCGUCAACCUGGAGCGCCGCUGGGAGGCCAUCGUCAUGCAGGUGCUGCAGUGGCAGGCACGCCUCCGGAGGGCCCUGGGGAACGAUCAGGUCCCUGGCAAUAUCGUGGAGGCAGGGCUUAUGGAUCUCCAUGGUCCAGCAGAAGACUCAUGGGAGUGGGAUGAAAUGGACAUGACCAUCAUGGAGCACAUGGACCCACAGGAAUUUGAUGACAAACAAAAUGCUGAAUGUGAAUCAGAUCAAGGAUCUCCGGGGGCCUGUUUAGACUAUGACGUGUCUGAGUCGAGCCCGUGUGUCACUCAGCGAGGGAUGUCCUCGAGAGAAGCAUCCAGUGAGAUCCCCCUGCCUUCACAGCAUCCCAACAUCUAUCAGGUAUACAGCCUGCAUAACGUGGAACUCUACAGACAACCUCCCUUUCCCUCCUCGCACAAGAUAUCUUCUCCAGCCAAAGCUGGGAGAAAGCAGCCUCUUCUGAAGAGCUGGAGCAAAGACUCCUCCUUCUCAUCUGUGGAGUCGCUGCCAGACCUCCUUGGAGGUUUGCUUGGAGGUGGGAGGCAAGGGUGCCACGGCGGGGAGUCCACCCGUAGAUCAGAGAGCGAGAGUGGGAUAGUCAGCGAGGGUGACACGGAGAACACGGCCAAUUCGGAGAUCUGUAUGGACGACCCCAGGAGAGGUGGGCGCGCCUCCCUUACACCACCCACCGGAGGUUACUCUCCUGGGGAAGAGGAAGAUGAGAGAGACAGGAUGUGUGACGAGGACAUUGACAGGAUCCUGGAGCGGGCCAACAAGGUAGCACUGUACGGGGACAGCGUGGCCGGGAUGGCGCCGAAUAAAAGAGACAGCGACCAAAGCCGAUGCAACGCUGGGAAGAAGACAAGUGGAGGAGAGGAGGAGGCUGGAGGAGAGGAGAACUGGAGGGGACACACUAGAGAGCCCAACGUUGAGAUCCUGAUCAACGGACGUGGCCUUGGCCUUGACUCCCAAGAGAAGGGUGAGAAGAGAGAGACACAGGGGAAGGGCAGGAGAGAUAGAAAGAUUCCCCUUCUGUCUCAGGGGUCCUCCCUCGAGUCCCUAUCCACGGCAGGGGAGCUAUUUCCAUCCACCAAAGACUCUCUGCAGCGUUCCACGUCUCUGGAGAGCUGGCUAGCCCCAUGUAAAACCUGGGAGGAGGCAGAGGGAGAAGGAGGCAGCCAGGGAAGCAUUAUGGAGUUGGGCACGCUCACAGGAGCCACACAGCCCACUGGGGAGCUGAGCCGCAGGACUCUGGAGCUCCUCAAACGCCUGGAGAACAUCCAGACCCCGCUACAUGACCUCAAGAUGACACGCAGCGUCUCCGACAUCACCCUGCAGAGCAGCAGCUCCCUGCACCUCCCGGCGGCGCGUUACGGGUCUGGGGAGAGCGGGCGCGCCGGGCGUCUCUUCAGGAGCCGGGGAGGUCCCCCGUCCUCUGUCAACGAGAGCUCUGCGGCGUCUCUGACCGAGCUGAGCAGCACGGAGGACUCCUCUGUGGGCUCUGAAGACCUGGCCGUGCUGAGGAACCGCUGCUGCCUCCUGGAUUCCAACGCCUCCUUCAGGAAGCACCUCCACCGGACCCAGGCGGGAGGUCACCGCGGGGGUCACGACGAAGCUGAUGCCAGCGUCAGCAUGGUGGUCAACGUGUCGUGCACCUCCGCCUGCACGGACGACGAGGACGACAGCGACCUCCUGUCCAGCUCCACACUGACCCUAACAGAGGAGGAGCUGGGUAUCAAGGAGGAUGACGAGGAGGAGUCUUCAGUCACCUCUGAGGAGGAAUACAUGGAGAGCUCCUUUUCCCUGGGCCUGGAGUACAUGAAAAACGAGUUCCACAACUGGAUCCAGAAGCCCUCACGGGUGGAGUCUGGCUCGGGCCGGGACAAGAAACAAGGGGAUGACCCUCUAGGGGAUGAGCUGCAGUGUGGAACCCUUUCCAGAAACAGUCCUAACACGCUGUCUCUAGGCAACGAGCGCUGUUCCUUCCUGAACCGCUCUGCGCUGAGGCUUCUGGAGUCCCACACUAACAGCAACAGCAACGUGAAGAAAGAGUGUAUCGGUACACAGCGUGAGGUGGUGGACACCAACCGGAAAAACGCCACGCGGAGCUACAUCAGCCAGUUUGUAGAUGACAUGGAGAACGGCAACGUGGACAACUCUCCCGUCAAAGGGAAGGACGAGGACGAUGAGCUGCUGAGAGAGGAGGGGAGCCUCUUCACCAAGAAAGGCGAGUGCUUCAAGGACUGCUACGCGAAUGAUUCCUCACUCAACGGAGGGCGGGACCAGAGUGGGGGUAUGAUGACGGCCACCACGCCUUCCUCCUGUGAGAUGCUGUCCCAGCUCCAGGUCAAACAGUCGUCUCUGGAGGGUCAGCUCCGGGGAGAGAUCCCCUGCCACAGCUCAAGCCACCCCUCCCCGUCGCUCUCCCCCACGGAGGACUGUCGACGCUCCCCCGAGCACCUCCCCACUCUGCAGAACAACAGCCAGGAGGACCUCUUCUCCUCCUUCCUCACAAAUGACCACACCCACCAGAGCAGGAGAGAUUCUGUCACCAACCCCGGCCCAGAACCCAUCUCAGAGGGCCCGUGCUGCAGCCGACCUCAGCCACCCCCACGCAAGGACCAGAACUGCCAGGAGAAUGUGCACAACUUUGUGAUGGAGAUCAUCGACAUGGCCUCGGUGGCUCUGAAGAAGAACAAGAGCCAGAUGGAUGACCAAGAGAGACCGGGUCAAACUGGUGCCCAGAUCAGGGACAAAGUCCUGGAGCAUUCCCACCGGCCCAUCCACCUCCGCAAGGGAGACUUCUACUCCUACUUGUCCCUCUCUUCCCAUGACUCAGACUGCGGUGAGGUCAGUGUCUGCCUGGACAGCAAGAGCACCACGCCUUUGCUGUCCACUUCCCCCGAUAUCCGGGAUGAGGAGAUGCUGUUUGAGGCCUGCACUGAGGAGGUGUACCUGGGUCCUCCUCUCUGUUACAGCAUGGCUGUCACUAAGAGGCCGAAAAGAUCCAGUCCCAAACUAAUGGACUACUACUCCUCCUCUCCCCCUUCUGCCCAGAGCCAGAGUCAGAGCCAAGCACCUCUGCCCGCCUGCAAUGAAUACCAAAAAGCACAUGGUAUUUUUCCUGGAAGUAUAGCUGGAUGCCAGCUAGAGUGCCAUAAUGAAGCUUCUUAUCUUAAUCCUUUACCAUGUGAAACCCUGAUAGACACUGUUGAAUGUUUUGCAGAUACUAAAAUGCUUGAAUCCAAUAUUCCCCCUGUAAUGACUAAGAUAAGAGUCUCUUGCUCCAGUACAAAUCCUUUAAAAGAGGAAGGCAGCCUCUGUAUUAAUCCCAAAAUUAACUGUCCCCCGAUAAGAAGGAGCGAUAGGGAUGAAAAAGGGCCUGCUUCACAGUGGAUGAAACAGAAGAAUGUCAGGAAAGGCCGCAGCUCUCUUCAGGAAGUCAAGUCAACUCAUAAACAGCAGCAGUCACCAAGGUCAGGCCGGGGUAGUGGCGAGAACGGGGGCCGGAGCCUGCAGAGCGUGGGCCCCGUUCCUGGCAGCUCACCCGCCUCCAAGGCUGGGACCGCUAGGCCUCAAGUCAGGAGACUAUCUGGGUGCGUGGCCUCGUCCAGCUCCAAGGCCCAGCAGUGAGACCAGGCUCUGUGUGUGUGCGUGUUUGUACGUAUGUGUGUGUGUAUGUUUGUGUGUGCGUGCAGUGUCCAUCCUGGUGGCUUGUGGCCUGUGCGGGUCUCUCCCCUCCUCCCGCUGUUUCCAUGGUGCAUGGCUCUGUCCAGCCUGCUACUCCAGCUCCCCUCCCCUUCCUCCUUUCUGAAGUAACGCUGACCCCUGACCUUUGACCCCUCAGCAAACCCCCCCCC